CUGUUUCCUGCAAGGCACGAAUGCUCCAAUAUGAGAAAGCAAGGAUAUACUUAAGCUAGUAUAACAGACAAAUAAUGAACUUCUGCGGGAUCAAUGGAAACUUUUCUUAAUUUUGCCAUGUGUACUUCACAAAGCUGCUUCAGAUCAUCCCCCUUCAAAAGUUUACCAGAAGCACAAAGGCAGGCAGGUUCCAUACCAGCAAAGGGAAUGAUUAAAGUGAGUGUUAAAGAUUACAUGAGCUCUCUGCAUACGUAUAUGGAGACGCCAUCAACACCAAGAUGGGAUACACUUACAAAAUCUGUUUCUCGCUAUCCUAAAAGCAUUUCAGAUUUGCUUAAACUUUGUGAAGCUGAUCCAGUUGAUCUUCUUAUUGAUCUGGGCUUUGGAGUUGAUGAACCUGAUCUUUGCACCAAAAUUCCUUCUCGAUUCAUUAUGAACCCUUCUGAAGCGAAAGGAAUCAAUAUUCGUGUCUUCCUUGAAGCGCAGAAGAAGCGUCUGGACUUUGAGAAUCCCAAUUUGUGUGGCCGUUUUCGUCAGUUAGAAGUCCUCGAACAGGUCACAAGUGCGUUUUCCUCUUUGUUGACUGAUGUCCAGACUAGUGAAGAGGAGUUGAAGGAUAGAAAGAAAUCAACACUGAACCAGGAAAAACGAAAAAGAAUUCGGCAACUCCUAUGGAAGUUUUCUAAACAAUCUAAAGCACUUGAUCAGAAUGCUAACCAAUUCCCUAAGAAUACAGAGCACAGCGAAAAUCAAGAUGAAAAAUUAAAUGAUAUGAGUAACACAAAGGUUUAUAGAAAACCAAGAAGGCAUUUGCCUGAACAUGGUAGUGUGACAUUUUCACCAAAAGAGACAAUCCUACCGGCCACCAAUAUGGAAUUGUGCUCCCAAAAUGAAAAAAAUGCCCAGAGCUUUAACAUUACACCUGUGCCUAUGCCUGUGAAGCAAAUCAAUCGUUACCAUGAACUUCCAAGCAGGAACAGGAAAUUUAAAGGGCAAAAGACAUGUUCAAAAGCACUCAGAAUGACAUCUGGUCAGCAACACAGACUUCAACCUCCAGACUCUUUUGAAUUGGAAGAGGUUCAGAGCUUUGAGGAAGAAUAUCCAAAGACAAUCAACCAGGACAACCUUUUAGAAGCACCAGCUGGCCCAUUAAUUUCAGUGUAUUCCAUGGACUUAAAUUGCCUUGGAUGGACCCGUUUCCCACCAGGAGGAUUUAGGAGUAAGGCUGGAGUAGAAAUGACAAGAACAAAUAGCUGUCAGUCUGACAGCAGUGGCUUUCAAGAUGAACCACCAGAACAUUUACAAAACCUGCAUGGAAGUUUAAAUUUUUCUUCAAAUAGUACUGACAGUCAAACAACCCUCAUGGAAAAAAACAUACAAAAAUGUAGUGGAAUUUCUGAUGAUGAAAACGGCCAUGAACUUGAUAAAGAAUUUGGAAAAUAUGAAGUGCCAUCUAGAGGUGAUACAGUUGAAGUAAACCAAGAAAAACACAGGGUAUUAUCAAUAAAUACUGAAAAUAGUAAUGGUGUGUUUCAGAGCUUUGAAAGUUCUAUAGAUGAAGUUGACAAAGGUGUUUUAAAUGAAAUGCAUCAAAGAGUAAUGCUGCCAGAAACCAAUCAGCAGGGAAUUGGAAGUGAAAGUGAAGAACAUUACCUGCAAGGUUGUGGACCAAAUGUUCAAAUGGAAGAUGAAUACACCAACAAUGAUGUCUCAGAAGUUGACUUUCCGGUAUACAAAACACAUUACAUAGGCAGAGCUAUGGGAAGUGAUGAUUACACCUAUGGAUUGAUGCAUGAAGAACAAAACAGCCCUGACAAAAGUGUAAGUGAUCUUGAAGACAAAAGUAAUACUGGCGAAGAUAUGUUUGAAAAUACAUUCAGUCACUAUCAUAUUGAUAGUUUAGUUGAAGUAUCAGAAAUGAAAUGCACACCUCUUCCCAUAAGUGGUUUUCCAAGCUUCUGUUCUCCAAUACAGAAUCAUGGCAGUUUUUCAGAUCACCAAAAACAAGAACCAAGUCUUUCCUAUGAAAAUAAGAAGAGCACAUUCCAAACAAAACUGAGCACCAACAUUUAUAAAUCUGUGACCAUUCAGAUGUCUCCACCUUUAAUAUAUGAUUCUAAAAGCACAAAUGGAUACUUAAGAAGCCAACAUUCUUUUCACUCCACAAUAACUGAGCAGAAGGAAAAUAAUGCUGAGAAGAAAGAGGCAUUCAGCCAAACUGAUAUGAAUUGGUCAAAUAACUGUACUAACUGUUACCGCAUGCUUCACAGAGAUUUUCUCACAGAGUCACUUUGUUUUGAUACAGGUCUUUGUGGUCUGUAUCAUCCAUGUCAUAUAUCACUACAGGGGACAGGCUGUCACUGUUGUCAUUGUUGCCACUGCCACCACUGCUGUUUUUCAGGAUUGCCCUCAGCGCAUAAUCACAUUGGAUCUUUGGGACCUAACCUAAUUCACAGCAAUCUAGAAAAGGAACUAACAGAAACAUUGAUAUUAUUGAAAGAGUCCCUUACAAAUAUCUCACUGUGUACAGGCAAUGAUAUAGAAAACAUCAAAAAAGCAUGUAAUAUAUUUCGGAAUCAGCUACUGGACAUUGAGCAACUUUUGACUGAGCAGCAAGCAGGAUGCUUCCAUAUACUCUCAAGUGAAGAAAGGGAAGAAAUAAGAAGACUAUAUUUGCUACGUCGUAGUGUUUUGAAAGAAAUGUCAGAAUUGGAAUUCCAUUUAGAUGAGAGAGCACAUCAUGUUAAAGAAACAAUUUCAAUGCAACUUGAACAGGCAUUGGAAGAGCAAUCAAGACUGUAUGCAGAAUUGGAGUUUUCUAGUUGGCAACGGGAAGGGAACAAUUCAAGGCAGUAUGGUAAUCUUCAGACAAGAACAAAUUUCACAUCAUCGGCAUCUUCCAAAAAUAAAUCUCAUGAAACACCAAUUCACGCCUUUAAACCAGAUGAAAUUCAAAAAGAGCAACUGCAGUCACACAAACCAAAAACCGACUUCAGUUCCAUUUUGCAAAACAUCAAGAAAUCAUUCGGAAGCUUUAAAAACUCCUGAAAGUAUUCCAGACAAUUGACAUAUUAAAAUAUUUUACAAUUGAAGAUGCUCAUUAAGGCAAAUGGACAUUUUGCUUAAAAAUGUUCUGGUAUUUGAGAUGUAACUGAAGUUUUAUUUGCUUUGUACGGUAACAGUGACCCUUGUUAUCCUUUACCUGUUAUUCUUUUAAGGAACCAGGUAACUUAACAGAUGCAUUCCUGAAAUGCAUUACUUAUAUAAUCAUAUUUGUAUUAAAACAGAUUUAUGCUAGAUAUAGGUUGCAGAUUGCAUGAAUUUUGUUUUUGAAUCAUUAAACACCUUUUGAAUGGUAUCUUCAGAA